UUGUUGAUUUAGAUUCGCAAAAGUCUAAAAUGGCCUUCCUCGGUAAACUAUACUCACACGACCGAGAUGAAAACUAUGAACCGUACAUCGAAAGUUUAGGUUUGCCGGCGGAUAGAGUAGCCAACUUAAAGAACUACAAGCCACAACAGAAGCUGGAGAAGAACGGAGACACUUACACCAUGACAGCUGUCAGUGCAGCGGGAGAUCGGACAAUAUCUUUCAAAGUAGGCGAGGAGUUUGAUGAGAACCUUGCUGAAGGACAUAAUGCUAAGACAACAUUUACCCUUGAUGGCAACACUCUCACUCAAACCCAAAAGUUUGCGGAUGGUAAUAUUUUAUACACUAAAAGAGAAUAUUUCGACGAUAAACUGAUAGUGACACUGACAAGAACAAACUGGGAUGGUACUGCAGUCAGAUAUUACAAAGCUUGAGCUUAAGAUAAGCUUGUAAUUUUAUUUAUUAACUAAUUUCCAAUAUUUUUUUAA